AUGCCGAACUCUUCCAGCACAUUUACGGCCGGUGUAGGAAGAUUCAGAACGCCUUUGCAAUAUGCAGCAACACACGACAACAUCUCGAUUGUCAAGAAACUAAUAGCUGCUGGGGCAAAUGUCAAUGCACUAGCUGCUUCCAUUGAUGGCAUGACUGCGCUGCAGUCAGCAGCCAUCAACAGCAAUAGCGAGAUGCUCGACUUGCUGAUUAAAGCGGGAGCCAAUGUCGAAGCUUCUCUUGGCAAGUAUGACAUUGCCGUCUAUCUUCUCACCACGGGUGCAGAUGUCAAAGGAAGAGGCAACAUCAACUACAGAAGAACCAUCUAUCGAGCUUGGAAGAACGGCUGUAUCGAACUCGCUGAUAUGGUUAAAGAGUGGAAGAUUGCGCAGUAUGGUUCACAGGACUGCGGAAAGAUCGAGAAGGUGGUGGAGACCAUAACCUCCGAAGAGCCGAAUUUUGCGAAUGGAGACGCUAUGAGAGAGUACGAGUCGCAAAUGCUUGAUUGCGAUUCAGAAGAGGAGGAAGACAGUGUUGAGUUUUCGGCUGAGGACCGAGUGCGAUUUGGAUGCUGGUAG